AUGUCUGUAAUUUCAAAGGAACUUGAUGAAGAUCAAAUAGAAAUUCAAGCAAAUUCAGUUAGGUCUGCAAUAUCAGAACUAGUAAACAUGUGUGUUUAUUCAUUAAAUGAGGCCUUUGCAAGUCAAGAUAAAAUCCGAAAAAACAUUACAAAUCUCGAGCAGCUUCUAAAUUCAAUCACUCACAUGCCUGAUGCUCCAAACUUCCAAUCUGGAAUUGAAAAUAUAAACAGACUUAAAGCUCGCGUUGGAGAACUUCAAAAAAGGAUUCAUGCAUUAGACGCCCGUUUCUCUGAUCUAGAGAAAAAUAUAGUUCAGUGA